GUGUUUAGUACCACUUCGAACGCUUGUCGGUCUCCAUGUGGGGAGAGUGCUCGACGACCGAUCAUCGAGACAGAUUUUCAUUAGCUCGCAACGACUGAAUGUAACGCCGCUCAACGGCAACAACGCCGUGCGCCUCCAUUCAUUCCGUUGUCGUAGUCAUAGUCGUAGCCUGCGUGUUAGUUUCGAACAAAAGAAAGAAAGCAAAAAAACAUAAGUUUUACGGUUUUAAAUUCAAUUAAUUCAAAGAAGAAUUACUCAAAUUCAAUUAAAAUUCGAUUAGAUUGGAGUUGUGCAACCAGGUGCAAUCUGAGAGAGUGAAAUUUUUACAAAACAUUUUAUUUGAUUAGUGCAACUGCAGACUGACAAAAUACUCGCGGGCAUUUGGAUGCAUCGCUUAGGCCGGAGGACAUUAGAAAUUAGCAAUUAUUUAAUCGAACAUUUUUAAAUUGCUCUAAAUUGUACACUAACUGUUCAACAUAAGGAAUAAAUUGCAAGAAAUAUUGUUUGAAAAUUGCAACGGUGUUGGCUGUAUUGCCGCACGUCCAGUGUUGGAAGUGUGGAGUCGUGAUUUGUUGACGCCUAAUCAAAGCAUUUGAACGAUGAAGUUGCCCAGAGGCCGUCAAGGUCUCUUGGGUGGUGGCGCCCAAAGGCGAAUAACGAACACUUAUCUGUGGUCGCUGAUAUUCGCAAUUUAUCUGAUUACCUUCGUGAGAAAUGACUACAGCUUCGCCGAUGCCAAGGAAUCGAACAAAAAUUGCAACAACACAGUUUGUGAUUGCAAAGGACUGAAGGGGCGCCCUGGUGCUAUUGGUCCAAAAGGUUAUCCGGGCAUUGAGGGUCCACCCGGUGAUGUGGGUCCGUUGGGGCCAUUUGGUCGUCGUGGUGAAUUCGGCGAUCCUGGAGAGUAUGGUGAACAAGGCGAAAAAGGACAUCGAGGUGACAUAGGAGAGCUGGGGCUAUCUGGUCGGCCUGGUCUAACGGGAUUCCCUGGUGAGGAUGGACCCAAGGGCAUUAGUGGCAUUGAUGGUUGCGAUGGCAAACCCGGUCUGCAGGGUUCACCUGGUUUUCCUGGUGAAAACGGUCGCCGUGGGCCAAUGGGCAAGCCUGGCCCAGCAGGUCCCACCGGUGAUGCCGGCGAAGGAGGUAUCAAUUCCAAGGGUACCAAAGGUAAUCGUGGUGAACGCGGCCCUGAUGGUGUAGACGGCCAACCUGGCUAUAUUGGCAUGAAGGGCUACAAAGGUGAUAUCGGUUAUCCUGGUAUUGAAGGCUCAAAAGGUGAAAUAGGUAUAAAGGGUUAUAAGGGAGAUAUGGCGGAACCGGCGAAUCUCCAGCUUUUUGCACAAGGUGAACAGGGCGAGAAGGGUGAACCUGGCGAUGGCGAGGAGAGUGAAUGGAAUUUUGGCAAAGUCAUAAAAGGUUAUAAGGGUGACAGUGGUCCAAAUGGCUGGCCAGGUACUGUUGGUGCUCCUGGUGAACCUGGCGAUGUGGGUCCAACAGGAAUGCCUGGUGUUCGUGGUGACGGUGGAGAACCGGGUGAGCGCGGAAAGCCUGGCAAACCUGGUGAGCCUGGUUUCCCUGGUGAAAAAGGUUUUAAAGGUGCACCGGGUUAUAAUGGUCUCGAUGGCCAAGACGGUUUCAAAGGUGAACAUGGUGAUGAUGGAUUCGAUGGGAUUCCAGGUGUUCAAGGUCCAGCAGGCCCGCCUGGUAUUUACGAUCCUAAUUUGGAUAAAUCUUUCCCCGGUCCUCAAGGUCCACAAGGUGACAUUGGUCCACCGGGUAAUCCGGGUUUAUCUGGCAUACCUGGCGGGCCAGGCCGCCGUGGGCCAAUGGGUCCUCCCGGCCCCCCCGGUGACAUAGGCUUGGAUGGUGCAGCCGGUCGGCGUGGAGAUACUAUUAAAGGUGAUGACGGUGAUUAUGGCUAUUUAGGACCGCCUGGCCCUAUGGGUGCUCCAGGCAAUCCUGGCCUUGUGGGACGCCCUGGUCAAAGAGGACAACCUGGCUUAAAUUUGAGAGGACCUAAAGGAUUCGCUGGGCAGGUGGGUCUAGCUGCAAGUGAUGGUUAUCGCGGAGAUCGUGGUGAAGUUGGACUAACUGGAGACAAAGGUGAACCUGGUGAUGGUUUAAAUAUCAUUGGGCCACCUGGAUCUGACGGCCCACCAGGCAUAAGAGGCCAACCUGGUCUGAAUGGUACCCCCGGCUGGCCAGGCUUGGUUGGUGACAAGGGUGUGCGUGGUGAUGAUUGUGGAAUAUGCCCAGCUGGCCCACGUGGUAUGAAAGGCCUUCAGGGUGAUGCCGGAUAUGCUGGCCUUCACGGCUCGCGUGGCUACAUCGGCUUGACAGGUGAACGUGGUCCCAAAGGUUGGCCUGGUAAUCCCGGCCCGAGGGGCCGAAAAGGAAUUCCAGGUCCUCCUGGCGCCAAUGGUGAUAUAGGACCCCCUGGUCCUCCUGGCCGUCCAGGUUACUCUUAUAAAAUCGGCAACAUCCAAAAACCUGAGAGAGGUGACCAAGGCGAUGCUGGCGAACGGGGCGAACAAGGCGCUACUGGUGAGCGCGGAGUCAAUGGUAUACCCGGCCUGAACGGUGCAAAGGGUGAAACUGGCCUGAGAGGAGAUUUUGGAGAUAUUGGUCGUCCAGGUAGAGAUGGUUCACCAGGUAGGCCUGGUUACGAAGGAAAACCUGGCGCAGAUGCUUCAACGCCCAAGCUUUAUUUAGUUGGUAAUUCUGGAAGAGAUGGUCGCAUUGGUGAACGCGGUGAGGCAGGCAGUGAAGGGCUAAAAGGUGACAAAGGUGAACCGAAUCCUGGCCAAAUUUAUGAUAACAAAGGCGAAGUUGGUGAUAAAGGAUAUAUUGGCCCCGCUGGGGAAAAAGGUUUUAAGGGCGAAGUUGGCGAAGAAGGCAUAAUAGGAUUACCAGGUGAUAUUGGCUUACCUGGUCCAACGAUUGAAGGUCCUGUAGGUGCUAAAGGAUGGCCUGGCUUGACCGGUGAUUAUGGGCAACACGGUGCUCCUGGAAAUGUCGGUCUUGAUGGAUUACCUGGUCUCGAUGGUUUACCUGGUCUAAAAGGACUGCGCGGUGAACCUGGGCGAUAUGUUUUGCCAGGUGAAAUGGGUCCAGGCGGAAAUCCAGGCGUUAGGGGUGAAGAAGGUGAUAUUGGAUUCCCUGGUUCCCCUGGACCAGCUGGAAGACCUGGUGUCAAAGGCAUUAAAGGUUCGAAAGGUGAUGAUGGAGCAUUUGGGUUGCAAGGUUUGCCUGGUAAUAAGGGACAACGUGGUGAUUAUGUGGUCGGAUAUCCUGGCCUUGAGGGAGCUCCUGGCAGAGAUGGCAGAACCGCACCGCAUGGACGCAAGGGUCAAAAAGGUGAGAUUGGCAUGCCAGGACCGGUAGGAGUGCAGGGUGCCAAGGGUAGCAUUGGAUUCCCAGGACGACGUGGUCGUAUUGGUGACCAAGGUAGGUCUGGUGAACCUGGUCAAACCGGAAGCCCUGGCUGGGUUGGAAUUCCUGGCGAACAAGGUGACCGCGGUGAUAUCGGUUUUGACGGAAGAAUUGGAGACAUGGGGCCACGUGGCUCUUUUGGAAACAUGGGACCAAAAGGCCAGUCUGGCGAUUUUGGACCGAUUGGUCGUGCUGGAGUAUCCGGUAUUCCCGGACGUAAAGGUUCGUUGGGUGAUCGAGGUUUUCCCGGGCGUCCUGGUGCUAAAGGCAAUGCAGCAUAUAGUGGCAUUAAAGGUGAAGGCGGUGAACCAGGUCUGAUGGGACCACGAGGCUAUGAUGGAUUACCCGGAAUGAAGGGUGAACGGGGUCCUGAGGGCGAUACACCAGUAGCUUUAGAUGGAGUACCUGGCAUAAAAGGAGAAACGGGUAUUCCUGGACGUUUUGGCUUGGAAGGCUUAGCAGGUCUCAAAGGCGAACAAGGUGAAUACGGUUUAAUCGGGCUUGUUGGGGAUAAAGGCGAAAGAGGAGACGAAGGAUUGGUUGGUUACCGUGGACGUAAUGGCUUACCUGGCAGGAAAGGUGCUAUUGGACUUAUAGGAUUAACUGGUGCUGUUGGGGCUAAGGGAGAUAUUGGUGAAACCGGCUAUCCCGGUAUUCCCGGUAUGAUAGGUGAUCAAGGUGAUGUUGGUCUGGUCGGAGAUGCAGGUGCUCAAGGCGAACAGGGUGAUAUAGGUUAUCCAGGUCGACCCGGUAUAUUGCUACGAGGUUUCGCUCAGAGAGGUGAUAAAGGCGAACAAGGUUUCCAAGGCGAACAAGGUCCGAUUGGUGAGCAAGGCCCUGAUGGGGCACCCGGUUAUGUAGGUCUUAAAGGUGAACGCGGCGAUAUUGGAUUCGCUGGUGCACCAGGUACAGAUGGAUAUGCUGGUCUCAAAGGACAAACAGGAGAUAAAGGUUAUAAGGGUGCCACUGGACCUAUUGCUUCAUUUAUUGAGAAUGGUGACGAAGGUGAGCCGGGAUAUGAUGGCUUCCCUGGACGCCCUGGACGUUUGGGUCCUAAGGGAGCCCCUGGUGAGCAAGGCGAAUAUGGAGAAAAUGGCUUAAUCGGAUUGCCAGGUAUUUCUAUUGGUGGGCCAAAAGGACAGAGUGGUGAUGCAGGCUAUCCUGGACCCCCAGGACGCAACGGUUUGUACGGCACAACUGGCCUUAAAGGUGAACGAGGCAAUUACGGUUUCCAAGGCGAACGCGGUGAACCUGGUUUCGCUAUUCGCGGCAGAAUUGGUGACGUUGGUGAUAUCGGUCUGAUGGGAGAGGCAGGUUUUGAUGGACUAAAGGGUGAACAAGGUAUACAAGGAUUUGAAGGACGUCCCGGUCCAGCUGGCUUCCGCGGUCUACGUGGACCACAGGGUGAUGCCGGUUGGAGUGGCAUUGAUGGUCUAGAAGGUCUUGAGGGCGCCAAGGGUGAACGCGGUUUUACCUACGAUUUUAGUAUGGCCCCACCUGGUGAUCGUGGUGAGCCAGGCCUUGAUGGCUUUAAAGGUGAAAUAGGCGACAUCGGUGAGAUUGGCGAAAUUGGAAGUACAGGUUGGCGUGGUCUUAAAGGUUACCAGGGCGAAGAGGGAUUCAUGGGUGCUGUAGGAGCUGAUGGUCCUCAAGGUGAACGAGGUAUGCCUGGUCUAGAAGGACUACCUGGUUUGCAAGGAGUACCAGGACCACAGGGUCCAGCUGGUCCACCUGCACCACCACCACCACUGCCAAAGAGUCGCGGAUUUGUAUUUGUGCGUCAUUCACAAUCGGUACGCAUACCCGAGUGUCCGGCGAAUACGAACAAGCUGUGGGAAGGCUUCUCGCUUGCAGGCAACAUUGGUAGCAGCAUGGCAGUUGGACAAGACCUAGGACAAUCCGGUUCCUGCAUGAUGCGUUUCACGACAAUGCCAUACAUGUUCUGCGACGUGAACAAUGUGUGCAAUUACGCGCAAAAUAAUGACGACAGCUUGUGGCUCUCCACGGCUGAACCUAUGCCGAUGAACAUGGCGCCCAUACAGUCUUUCGAUCUGAUGAAGUUCAUUUCACGUUGUGUAGUCUGCGAAACGACCACGCGUAUCAUUGCGCUACACAGCCAAAGCAUGAGUAUACCGGACUGUCCGAAUGGUUGGGAAGAAAUGUGGACCGGUUACAGUUAUUUGAUGACUACAACUGAUAACACAGGUGGUAUUGGUCAGAAUUUAGUUUCGCCCGGUUCUUGCUUGGAAGACUUCCGCACCAAUCCGGUCAUUGAGUGUCAUGGUCAUGGUCGCUGCAAUUAUUAUGAUCCACUCGCCUCCUUCUGGUUGGCUGUGAUUGAAGAAUACGAACAAUGGGUGCAGCCGAAACAGCAAACACUAAAGGCCGACCAAACCAGCAAAGUCAGCCGCUGCACCGUUUGCCGGCGCAAGAACGAUUCAUAUAUCCGACGCCUCUCGUCGGUGCAAGUGCAGGCUACUGAGUUCCGUCGCGGUCCUGAGCGUGUUGUGCCCGAACCACGAGUCGUGCCAUCGCCAAUACGGCGACCCCAACAAACGCCAGCGAGGAACACCUACUAUCGCCCGAACUACCGACGUCCCGACCCGCACGGUCGCCCCUACAACUAUGCCGGGCAGCAGUAUGGCGGCAGUCGCAUACGGCGUCCACGUGAAGACACAUACGCGCCAUAAAUUUUGAUUCAGCUCCAUUUCUGAUUCCAAACUCACAAAACAAAAUAGGUAGAAGCUUAAUAUUUUCCUUAAAAUAAACAAUUAAAUUCCUUAAAAUAAAUUAAUUAAAAAACAAAAACAAAAACAAAAACAAUCAAAUCACUGAGUAUAUAUGUAUGUAAAUGAUAAAAUAUGUAUGUAACACUUACGAAUAAAUUUUAGGUUAUGUGAAAAAAUGCCAUUUUUGUGCCAUUACAAAAAUCGAGAAACUUUGUUAAUGCCAAGUAAAUGUUUUUCUCAAUAUUUUUUGUUAAACCCCUUUUUUAUAUCUUAAAAUGAUGUGACCAUGUUGAGAACAAAUUUCUACUGCGCCUACACAUUUGUAUGCAGAUGUAGGAUCAAAAUAAAGCGGCUUACUGUAGCCAGAUAUAAUAUUUGUUAAAAGAAGUAUGAGAAAAAUAAGAAUAUAAAAUUUGUAAAAAAUACGAAAAAUAUAAUUUUCAAUUUUAUACACCAGAUACUGCCCAGCACGCAUUAAUUGCAAAGUUAAUGUAAAUGUACUAAAAAUACGAGUUUUUUCUAAUCUUAGUUGAAUUGCGAAUAAAACCAAAUGCAAACCAAUCUAAUGUAACUUAACUACUUUAUUACAGAUAUACGUUAAUGUAAAUAAUAGUAAUGAUGAAAUAAUCUAAAGAAUAAAACAAAAUAUUUUGUGAA